UAUAAAUAUGUAUAUGAUUAUAAAUUAUGUAUGGUUCUGAUUUAUUUGAAGUAUUUCAAGGAAAAUACAACAAUAUUCUCAAAAGACGGUCCAAGAGAACCAACAUGUUCUAGGGCAUUCGUAGAAUUUGGCGACAAACUAAACAGGAAAGAAAUAUUUGUGACAUUCAGAUGGAACAAACCUGAAUUGACAAUUGGAGAGAUACAAAAAUAUAGGAUACAAUAUUUUGAAGACCUGAAUCAAACGAUUACAAUUGUCGAUAUUUUCCCAUUGCCAAAUAGAACAUUACAAUACAAAGCAUACGAUUUAGAACCUGAUACAAUCUACUACUUCAAUGUACAAGCGCAUAAUGAAUUUGGUGCUGGUCCUUACACUAAGUUCAUUAAUGUGUCAACCACACAUGACAAUCCAGUACCUCUAUUACUCGUUACUGGAUUGAAUACAAAUGAUAUGACUAUAUUGGAUAUGGAUUUACAGAUCGGUUUCGAAAUUGAUACAUCCAUUAAGUAUGAGGAAAUAAUUUACUCGGCAUUGGAAGAUAAGAUUUAUGGAAUUACAGGGAAUGGAGAACUAAUAGUAUCAGACUUUAAUCGAAGAGCAAUUCAAACAAAUUUAAAAUACACAAACAUAACAAACAUAGAUGGUUUUCCGGAGAAUCUUUGCAUCGAUUGGAUUUAUAGAAAUCUUUAUUGGGCAGAAUAUAAUGAGGCCCAAGUCUAUAUUAAGAAAUUAGAUUUAACAUUAUGGCAACAAAUGGAUAAACACGAUAAAAUAUCUAUUCCUAUACCUUCAAAAAUAAGCGCAGCUUAUAUAAAAGCACAUCCAUAUGCUGGAUCGGUUUCGAAAUUGAUACAUCCAUUAAGUAUGAGGAAAUAA